UAUCAUCUUUCACUCUUGAAGUCAUAUCUACUCUCCUUGAAUUUCUUUCCACAAUAAUAAUGGCAAUUUCUUAUUUCAAUAUUUCUUUAUUAAAGCUUACACUUUUCUUACUAAUUCAUGUUCCUUUGAUCUACAUAUCCAAUGCUAAACCAGAUAUUAAUCACCAUAUGAAAGAAGGUCCAAAAAACCAUAAGGUUUCUGCUAUUCUGAUAUUUGGAGACUCUACUUCUGAUCCCGGAAACAACAACUUUAUUCCUACUCCUUUCAAAGGUAAUUUUCCACCCUAUGGAAGAGAUUAUCCAAAUCGAAAGCCAACUGGACGGUUUACGAAUGGACUAUUAGCCAGCGAUAUGAUUGCUAGGUAUAUUGGAGUAAAGGACAAUGUGCCAGCUUAUUUGGACCCUUCACUAACAGUUUAUGAUUUAAUGACUGGGGUUAGUUUUGCUUCGGCGGGAUCCGGAUAUGACCCCCUUACACCAACAAUAAGUAAUGUCAUUUCAUUGCCAAAACAACUAGAGUAUUUCAAAGAGUACAAGAGUAGACUAGUUGCAAAGAUUGGGAAGGAGAAAACAAUGGAAAUUGUUAACAAUGCACUCUAUAUAUUGAGUGCCGGUACAAAUGAUUUUGUGGUGAAUUAUUUUACAUUACCAAUUAGAAGACACAAAUACAGUCUUCCAAGCUACAUGGACUUCGUGAUGAACAAACAGUUGGAUUUCUUACAGGGUUUGUGGAAUGAAGGUGCUCGAAAAAUUGGCGUUGCUGGGCUACCUCCAAUGGGUUGCUUGCCUAUUGUUAUCACUCUUUUCUCCAAAAAUGCAUUGUUUGAUCGCAGUUGUAUUGAUUACUUCUCAUCUGUAGCAAGGAAUUAUAAUUUCAUUCUUCAAGCUCGACUAAAUCUUAUGCAAUCUAAUCAUGCCUUAUUUGGUGCCCGAAUCACGUAUCUUGAUACUUAUUCAUCCUUAUUUGACGCAGUUGCGGGUCAUAAGUAUGGGUUUAAAGAAGUCAAACGUGGUUGUUGUGGAACGGGUUUAUUGGAAACGACAUUCUUAUGCAAUCCCAAGUCAAUUACGUGUUUGGAUGCAUCUAAAUAUGCAUUCUGGGAUUCGAUACACCCAUCAGAAGAAAUGUACAGAAUUUUUUUCGAAUCAACAAAAUCGGUCAUUGAUAAUAUGAUCAACUAAACAAAUACAGGCCUAAGUGCAUGGCUAUUUAGAAACAUGAUUACGACUUUUCAAUAUACAAAGAUGGAGUGGUACUGCCAAAAUGGUCUAUUUGCUCCGGUCGAUCUUAAUGUAAUUAAAAAGGCGCAUGUGUAUUAAUUUGUUGGUAUACAACAUCAAUUAUUAAUUUUGAAGUCGAUAUUCAGUCUCUAUCUAUAAAUACGAAGUACAUGUAUUUGUUUCCUAACUAUUCAAUUAAAUAUAUAGAAAUAAAAAAGUUGGUUUACUAUA